CCCAAGAAGACUUCACAGAAAAAUCUAAUCUUUUAUCCUCUUUCCUUUCUAUUUAAAUUUUCGGUAUAUACUCGUAUAUCUUUCGUAAUUCGAACACAAAAAAAUUAAACUCAAAUUGAAGACAAAAACAAAAACAUGGCUCAAAUGCGUAUACCUGGAGUACCAUUGCUUCCUGGGUCUAUGAUAUUGGAUGUGGGAAAAAAUCAUUUUCCUAAAACCCAAAGAUUCAUCAGAUAUAAAGGAAUAAGUAUGUUAUCAGAUAGAGAGCCAGUAACAAGAUUCAAUUCAGAUGGAAAUGAACAAUCAUGUGAAUUACCAUCGUUAUAUGCACCGAAAUCUGGACCAAAAAUGCCAGCUUGGAUAACUUAUGAUAAAAAAGUUCUUUGUUUCUAUGGUUAUUUUCAGGAAGCAUUAACGGAAGUCUAUAAGGCGGCAUAUCAAAUUCGAAAAAUAAAGUUGUAUUAUUAUUUAGAAGAUGAUACUAUUGAAAUAUCUGAACCAAAAGUUCCAAAUUCUGGUAUACCACAAGGAUGUUUAUUAAGUCGACAAAGAGUACCAAAAUCUCCACCAUCUCAUCAUGAAUUCAUAACUUUGCUUGAUAUUAAUGUUAAUAAACCUAUUAAAAUUUAUGAUCGUGUUUAUCAAAUAACUGAUUGUGAUUUAUUUAGUAGACAUUUUUUAAAUAGAAUGGGUAUUAAUGUUCCAGAUCCUGUUCAAAUUCCAGUGGAUCCAACAUAUGAAGUUAGAAAAUUUGCUGAUAGAAAAUUAUACGUUCCGUCAAAUAAGCAUUUCACACUUGCACAAUUUUUGAAAUUUGAUGGAAAAGUUUUGAAAUUCAAUGCUUAUUGGGAUGACAAAUCUGAAUUUGGUGAAAUAAGAAAUUUGGAAGUGCUAUACUAUUUAGCAGAUGAUACAAUUGAAAUUAAAGAAAAAUUUCCGAAAAAUUCAGGACGAGAAGCACCGGGUACAUUUUUAAAAAGGCAAAAACUUCGAAAGGAAUGGACUGGUUUGCCUUUGCCAGGUGACGAUUCUCAAACAACUAUAUUAAAUGUUUUAAAUAAUCGUUUUGUCGCUGAUCCUCUUAGAACGGGCAAUAAAAAUAUAAAUUACUAUAAGGACAGCGAUUUGCAAAUAGGAGCACAUCUUAGUAUAUUUGGGCGGGAUAUAAUUUUAACGGAUUGUGAUGAAUUUACUAAGGAUUAUUAUAAAAAAAAAUUUGGUAUGGAAAAUUUUACCCCAAUUCCAAAUCCAGCAAUGCAGUCGCAGAAACGUAUCCAAAAUUCAGACACACAACUUCCACCAUAUAACGGUUGGGGUGAUUUUAUAGAUUCCGAAGGAAAUUGUUUGUCUAUAAUGCCAAAAAUUCCUCCAAUAGAUAUACACAAAUUUAUAAAUUUAGAUAAACUCAUUUUACGUUUUGGUGCAAAAAUGAUUUCGGAUAUAAAAGAAAAUAAUGAAAGAGUUUUUAUAGUAUCAUUUCACUUAAUUGAUGAUACUGUACAAGUGUAUGAACUUGCUAUGAGAAAUUCAGGAUUUUUGGGUGGUGAAUUUUGCAAAAGGAAAAAGCAAUUAUUACCUGAUCAAAAUAUUUUUUCGUCUGAAAGACCAAAGUUCUAUGAACCAUAUCAUUUUCAUAUUGGUGCUACAUUAAUAAUUAAUGAUCAUGUAUUCAAUCUUGCUACGGCUGAUGAAUAUACAUUAAUGUACAUGGAGGCUCACCCGUAUCAGUUCCCAUUCGCUGAUGUUGAAACUAUAGUGGCAAAAGUUCGAGAAGCUUUACGACCAACUUAUAAAAAUUUCGUUGCAAAAUAUUUACCAGAAGUUGUUGAUGUAUCAACAUCCAAAGACUGUUAUAAAUGUUACAUUCGUUCAGAUAUUUUUAGAAAAGCACUUAUUGAAUUACUUCAACACCAUAUUAAUGAUCAUGAAAUAAUUACACUUUGCCGUGCUUUUAAUUUUGAAAAACCAGAAGAUAAAUGCGAUAGGGAAUUAAUAAGAUCAAUUGUACAUUGGGAAAUUCAACGUGACCUUUGGAAUGAUUUAAAUCGUGUAAAAGAACAUAUUUGUCAUCUUGAACCAGAGAAUGUCGGAUACCUUAAUGAAACCAAAUUAAGGGCAACAAUAGCUGGAUGUCGUUUACCAUUUUCUAUUGAUCUUACAAAUCUAUUAAUAAAAGUGCUCAAAAAGAAUUCCGAAGGUGACAUUGAAAUUCGUGACUUCUUAUCAUUUAUUAAUACAGCUGAACACAGAACAUCAAGUUUUGCACCACAACCUAUGCGUAAAAUUUGCCCAAAAUUACCUUUUAUUGAACGAGGACGAUUCGUAGACUGGAAAGCUUUCAUUGAUAAGAUCGGUCUAGAAGAAACUUUGAAAAAUGAAACCUAA